UCCAAACACAACAUAUAAAUUCUGAAUUUUAGCAGAUGUUUAAAAUGUUCUAAUUCCCUGAAUGAUUGAAUUUUACAAGCGAUUAUAGAAAAAUGAGGGGUGUGUUUUUGAUAUACCUGCUUUUGUGUAUUUGUGAGACUUUUGAACAUAAGACAUUACCUGAAAAUGACAAGACGGCCGUGUUACCAAGUACAACCACCAGCAAACAAUUAAAAAUUAUACGGGAUAUCUUAAAUCAAGAAAGUUUAUCGCGAUUCUCUAAGAUACAGAAACUUGAGACCUUGGUGAUGGAUGCAAUUGAUAGCAAAAACUUUAGCCAGGCCCUUGAGAAAAGGCUUAGCGAAGUUGUAAAUGAAUUGUCUGAUUUGAAAAUAAACGAUGACAUACGUAUUACAGGAAGAGAACACAAAGCUCAAAGAAAAGAUAAAAGAUCUAUAUUUAAUACUCAGUAAUAAUACAACCGUCGAAAGUGCAAACGUUCAACGCCUUAAUGACUUGGAAAUCUUAUAUCUGAAGAGGAAAACUUCAUUUGUGGAAAAUGAAAUUCAAACGCUAUCAUUACAUAAUUUGUAUAUAAAUAAACGGUUAGUAUUUUUGAUGAAGAGAGAUCUGAACUCUCUUAAAAAUGAAACAAUCGGUCUAAAUGAGAAAUAUGACAAAAUGCUGCAAGAGAACUUUGCUUUUCAAAAUCAAAGUAUAAUGAAUGGAAGAAAAUCCGUCCGUGUAUUCGAGCGUCUUUUGUCGAUGGAAAACGGUUGCGGACUCUUGUGGCAUCUUUUAAUAAAACAAUGGAAAAUUAUCAUCAAAAGGCAACAGAUGUUAAAGCGAAAGAUUUCCGUGUUACAAAUUGUGAAAAGGGUUGGAUCCAGUUUGAGGAAAACUGCUACCUUUUUGUAAGGAUGGAAUACAAUUUUAAAGAUGCGAUGGACUAUUGUAACAAAGCUGCAGCUGGUGCUCACAUCCUUGAAAUAAAAAGUUCACGUGCAGAAAACUGGAUUAAUCUACAGCUUACAAUACGAGGUUUUCAAUAUGCGUGGAUUGGAUUGACAGAUAUACUCAAUGAAGGUAGCUUUGUCCUUAUCUCAACUGGACUUAAACCGGAAUACAAGAACUGGCACAGAAACGAACCCAACAAUGGUGGGAAUGUUGAGCAUUGUGCUGAGAAGUGGAGUACAGGGCUGAAAUGGAACGAUAAACGCUGUGACACCAGACGUCCCUUUGUUUGUGAGCUGGGUCUUUAAAACACUACCUUCUACCUUACCAAUAAGUUUUCUAUUGAUGUGUGUUCUAUACGCAAAAGGACAAAUGCGAAGCAUAAAAAUUCAUAGCAUUAGUAGCAUAUAUUAAACUGUACAUAUAUUCCAGCUGAUAAAAUCGCAAUCAAUAUUACUGUAGAAAAUGACCUACCUUUAUAUUUGUAGGAUAAGCCUUUCAAAUAUUGUCUUAAUUAAACAAA